GUUUGUCUUUUAACCUCAAACAUAAGCGUUAUAGUGAGAGUUCGCCGCAAAUUCGCGGUGGAGAGGUUUCAUUUCGACAGUUAGCUUAACUACUGCACGAGGAACCAUGCACGCAAUGUCAAAUCAACCACGCAAAGAUACUUCUUACAAACAAGGGAAGGGUUCGUAUAAAAAUGGUUAUGCCAAACCAACAGCUUCACCUAAAGAACUGAUUGAAAUAUACAAGCAAGGUGAGACAAACGCCAUCUCUUUGAUCCAUCAGCUUGCCCAGGUUUUGCAGUUCCACUUGGAGAUGAAGGAGACAGUGACUCCAGGCAAUUUACCAGGGCUUUAUUUUGCCUUUUGCGUGGUGAUUGAUGGGUUUGAGUACAGGACUGGUGUUGGAAUAACAAAGAAGGAGGCUCGGCUGAAAGCGGCACAGCUCGCUCUGCCGGACCUGCUGCCCACCUUGGAUUGUUUGAAGUCUGACUUCCCCGAAGCAGCAGGUGUCCGUCCACCACUGCCAGUAAAAGAGAAGCCCUCCAUCUCUGACCUUUAUCCUUGUAAAGCCGAUCAUGAAAGAACAACUCCUGUAAACCAUCGGAUUCCCAACGCUGUCAAGGAUCAGCUCACUAAACUGAUGAACAGCCACCCAGAGUUCACUGCCUGCGCUGGCACCACAGCAGCGUUCAUCAUGCAGACUUCCGGCGGAUAUGAUGUGGUCGCUCUAGGCACUGGAAACUUUAAUACCAGAGAGAGUACCUCGUUGAAUGGACGUGUUGUGCAUGAUUCACAUGCAGUGGUUACUGCAAGGAGAUCUCUUAUGAGGUUUCUGUACCGGCACCUGCUGAUGUUCUUCAGCAAAACGGCCAAUCUGACGGAGAAGUCGAUCUUCCAGCGGAGCAGCAGCAGUGGCCUCCUCACCCUGAAGAGCGGCAUCAGCCUCCACCUCUACGUGAACCAGCUGCCAAAGGGAGCCGCUCGGAUCCCGUCCCAACUGCGUCUGAACCCACUCUCUAUUUCGGCGUGGCAAGUCAACAACGAGAUCAGCCUACACCUGUCAGUGGAGGGGAAGGUGUUCUCUGUUUUCGCGUCAGAUUUUGAUCACUCUGGCUCCAAAGUGGUUAGCAUGUCCACCACAGACAAGCUCACUCAGUGGCAGGUGCUAGGAUACCAGGGAGCCCUGCUCAGCCACUUCAUUGAGCCCGUCUAUGUGCAAAGCAUCCUUAUAGGUGACACUUGCUGCACUGAUAUCCGUGGCAUGAAGAUCUCUGUUAGCCAGCGUGUGGAGGGGGUCACCUCCCUGCUGCCCAUGUUCUACUGCAUGAUGAGACCCCACAUCAGCCUGGUGCCGUCUGUGGCCACCAACAGCACCGACGGAGGGAAGUUCACCUACGGUAUCAACUGGAGCGAAGGAGACAGCUCCCUGGAGGUGGUGGAUGGCCUGGAGGGCAAGACCAUAGAGGAGUCUCCCUUCAAGAGUGGCACUGCUCUUGCAAGCCGCCUGUGCAAAGCGGCGAUGUUGCACCGCUUCAAGUUGGUGGCCAAAGAGGCCCAGAGGCCGGAGCUGCUGGCAACGAGCUCCUACAGCAAGGCCAAGAGGAUGGCCAAGGCGUACCAGGAGGCGAAGAACGUGCUGAAGGCGUACCUGCUGCAGCAAGGCUUCGGUGCCUGGCCGGUCAAGGUGUCUGCGAGUGAUAACUUCGGCAUAUGAAGAGCUUUUUAUCUGGGAAAUAGUUUUGCUUCCUUAUGUGCAUGGUGAUGAGUGACUUACAUUGUUUUACUGUUUAAAAAUAACAUUUUGCCAAUGUGUUGGAAAUGAGCAUGUUCAAUACAGUAUGUGAUCAUUACUUUCUGUAUCCCUGCUGAACAGUAUGUGUGCCUCAGUGAGCCAUGGCUAAUGCUCAAUGAUGGAACAACUAAAUAAAACCAAACCAUAGCUCAAA